CAAGUGUUGACUCAAUCACUCAAACAAACACUGAAUUGAAUUGCAUUUCAGGCGAUGUUUUGAUGUUUGAAAAUGUCUUUACAUUCAGCCGUCGAUUGACGAAUAAAUCCAUUUUUAAUCACUAUUUAUAUAUCAAUCGCGUAUUCAUUGACCACCGAAGCGAUGGCUGAACUGAAGAAGUGCGCCAAUGAUUUCAAGUUCUUCGGCAUUAUAGGCGAGGGCUCCUUCUCGACGGUAUAUAUGGCUCGAGAGGUGCAGAGGAGCAAAGAGGUGGCCAUCAAAGUGUGCGAAAAGAAACUGAUCCGCAGGGAGAAGAAGAGUACAGCCAUUCUUCGCGAGAAGAAAUGUCUGCACACUCUGACCACCGCCGAGACCUCUCCCUUCUUCAUACAACUCUUGUGCACAUUUCAAGACGACGAGCGGCUC